ACCGCAGGGCCUCCAGCCUCCAGGGGGCGCCCGCGGGGUCCCUGCCGCUCUGGCCCGCUCGACCCGCGGAAGCUAGAAAUCCCAGAGUUCCGCGAGGCCAAAGCCCUUCCGCCGCGGGAGCCAUUGGAGAGCUGCAGCCAUGGCUCUGCGCUACCCUAUGGCCGUGGGCCUCAACAAGGGCCACAAAGUGACCAAGAACGUGAGCAAGCCGAGGCACAGCCGCCGCCGCGGGCGCCUCACCAAGCACACCAAGUUCGUGCGGGACAUGAUCCGAGAGGUGUGCGGCUUCGCCCCCUACGAGCGGCGGGCCAUGGAGCUGCUCAAGGUGUCCAAGGACAAGCGCGCCCUCAAGUUCAUCAAGAAAAGGGUGGGGACGCACAUCCGCGCCAAGAGGAAGCGAGAGGAGCUGAGCAACGUCCUCGCCGCCAUGAGGAAAGCGGCGGCCAAGAAGGACUGAGCCCCCCGCCCGUCUGUAAUAAAGCGUUUUUGGAACUCGG